UGCGCGGCCCCGCGGCUUCGGCGCGCCCCCGUUCCGCGCCAUUUUGGACUAGGAGCGAAGUGGUAGAGUGCGUGGCUGCUGUGCGGGCAGCAAGAUUGAGACCCAGCAGCAGGCGAGAUGGAGCACUACCGGAAAGCUGGCUCUGUGGAGCUACCAGCACCUUCCCCAAUGCCCCAGCUGCCUCCUGAUACCCUGGAGAUGCGAGUCCGAGAUGGCAGCAAGAUCCGCAACCUGCUGGGACUGGCGCUGGGGCGGUUGGAGGGCGGCAGCGCCCGGCAUGUGGUCUUCUCAGGUUCUGGCCGGGCUGCCGGCAAGGCUGUCAGCUGUGCCGAGAUCGUCAAACGGCGGGUACCAGGCCUGCACCAGCUCACCAAGCUGCGCUUCCUGCAAACAGAGGACAGCUGGGUGCCAACCUCACCUGACACUGGCCUAGAUCCCCUCACGGUCCGUCGCCAUGUGCCUGCGGUGUGGGUACUGCUCAGCCGGGACCCCUUGGACCCCAAUGAGUGUGGCUAUCAGCCCCCAGGGGCACCCCCUGGCCUGGGCCCCAUGCCCAGCUCCAGCUGUGGCCCCCCACCCCGAAGACGGGCACGAGACACCCGGUUCUGAGGACCUGCCAAGCAAGCUGUUCUCCAGGCCUGAAUGUCUAGGAUGGCUGUGCCUUCUUUGAGAAGCCUCUGUAACUGCUCAACAUCCCCAUCUAGACUUGAGGUUACAGAAGUGGACCUCCCUGUCCUACUUCAACUUCCCUCUGGCUGGUGGAAAGGGACUGUGAUGAAGAGUGACAGGUGUGGGGUCUCUUCUGAGUUCUGGAUUGCUUAAGAGGAGCUUACUCUGCCUUCCACCUACAGUGACUCUGAUCUACCUUCUGACAGAGGUCUGAGGAGUGGGUUAGGAAAUAAAAGUUCUGCCCAUUUGA